AUGGCUCCAAAAACCGCAAUCAUCACGUAUUCUCUCUACCACCACAUCCACAAGUUGGCGUUGGCGCAGCAAAAGGGAAUUGUUGCGGCCGGCGGAGUGGCCGAUAUCUUCAAAGUUGAAGAAACCUUGCCAGACUCGUUGGUGGAGAAAUUGGGCGGAAUCCCAAGACCAGGCGUGCCUGUGGCCAGUGUGGACACAUUGAAGGAGUACGAUGCGUUUUUGUUUGGAAUUCCCACCAGAUACGGCAACUUCCCCACGCAGUUCAAGAACUUCUGGGACCAGACCGGUGGUUUGUGGGCUGCCGGCGCCUUGAGGGGAAAGCCUGCCGGCGUUUUCAUCAGUACAGGCACUUUGGGCGGCGGCCAAGAAACCACCGCCAUCAGCACCUUGUCGACCUUGGUUCACCACGGAAUGAUUUUUGUUCCUUUGGGCUAUGCCCAUCCGGGCCAGGCCAACAACGAGGAGGUUCAUGGCGGUUCUCCAUGGGGUGCAGGCACUUUUGCUGGAGGCGACGGCUCAAGAGAGGUGACUCCUUUGGAGUUGGAGAUUGCAAAGACCCAGGGCGAGACUUUCUACAACACCAUCAAGAAGUUCUAG